AUGAGAUAUACUAGUGUUUUAAGACAAGCUGAACAGGUUCUUGUUAGAGCCGCCAGUGGAUACCCAACUGGUCUUACUGGAUUAUACCAACACCCAAAUCCAAGACCAGCAUUAAUCUCAUUAUAUAAUCAUACUCUCAAAGUUUUAAAUCAAAAAUAUCCUCAACAAUCUGUUUAUAGACAAUCAGUAGAAGCCUUAACCAGAAACAGAUUGAAUGUUGUUGAAAACAAUGAAAUCACUGAAGAAAUCGAAAACAAAAUUGGUGGUGGUUUAAUUGAAGAAAUUCUCAUUCAAGCAAAUGAUGAAUUGAACUUGGUUAAUGAAUUAGCAGAAUUGAAAGUUUGGGAAGAAUUAGAAGAAAAACCUUUAGAUGAUCAAUGGGUUUACUUUGGUAAAAAAAUUUAG